AUGUCAAAAACAAAUUUUACGUCAGGUGGAAUACAAACGAAAACAUUCGGGGAACGGCUAUGUUCCCCCUCGCUGGUGGGUGGGUUAAAGCAAGAAACACUUCCUUUCGCAGCAGUUAACAUUCUCCUCGCCAUCACAGCAUUUGUUGGGAAUUCUCUCAUCCUGGUUGCCCUUCACAAGGAAUCUUCACUCCAUCCGCCAUCCAAACUCUUGUAUCGUUGUUUGGCGACAACUGACCUGACGAGUUGUCUUGUUACGCAACUUCCUCACGCUACUCUCUGGAUGUACGUGGAUGGUGAACUGUGGAGUCUCUGUCUAUUCGCAUAUGACGCAGGCCACAUCACAGGCUAUGCCUUGUGUUUGGUGUCUUUGUUGACGAUAACGGCCAUAAGUGUGGACAGACUUCUCGCCCUGUUGUUGGGGCUAAGAUACAAACAAAUUGUUACUUUGAAGCGCACAUAUAUUACUGUAGUUACCUUUUGGGUUGUAUCUGUCGUCGCUGCUUUGUGUUUCAUUUUAAACUACCAUAUAACAUUAUGGUAUGGCCGUAUAAUAAUACCUUCUUGCCUUGUUAUCUCGGUCGCCUCGUACAGCAAGAUUUUCCACACACUCAGUCAACAUCAGGCUAAAAUACACGAUCCUGUUCAACAACAUCCGCGGCUACCAAAUGCACUUAACAUGGCGAGAUACAGAAAGGCAGUGAACGGUGCACUGUGGGUGCAGUUAGCAAUAGUUGCUUGUUAUUUGCCAUAUUGUUUGGUGGAAAUUGUGAUCACCCAUUGCAAAACAUAUUCAUCACACUUGGUCGUCUUGUGGGAAAUAGCAAUUAUCUUAAUUUACUUCAACUCAACAUUAAAUCCGUUUCUUUACUGCUGGAAGAUUAGUGAGGUGAGACAAGCAGUGAAGCAGACAAUCAGACAAGAACUUUGUUGUCCAUGGAGUUAG